AUGCUGAUGCAGGUGGAGCUGCUCCGCACCAAGCGAGGGACUCGUUUUUACAGAGUGCUGUGUGUGGAUAGUGAGACGUCAGCAGUGCGUAGUUUUGGCGACACUUGGCUGCGAUGGAAGGGACAGCGUGUGGAGUAUUGCCGUUGUGCUUUAAGAGGAAGGGAGCUUUGUCACUUUGUGCCCGUCAUCAACUGCUACGUGUCCCAGUGCUACAACGGAGGAACCUGCAAGGAGGCCUUCUACUCGUCACAGUACAUCUGUCAGUGUCCCCCCGGCUUCAGUGGAGCUCAUUGUGAGAUCAACAUGAACGAGAAGUGCGUCGUGGGGCAGGGCCAAGGUUAUCGUGGCACACGGAGAGUCAGCCAGUCGGGAGCAGAGUGCAUCAACUGGAACUCAACGUCUCUGCGAGGAAAGAGGUUCACGGCUCGGAAAACAGACGCCAGCAGUCUCGGGCUGGGCAAUCACAACUUCUGCAGGAAUCCCGACCAGGACAGCUCUCCUUGGUGUUACAUCUACAAAGGCACUGAGAUUGUGUGGGACUACUGUCCCUUACCCAAAUGUCCAGAAGAUAAGACCAAAGAGUGUGUGCUGGGCUCAGGUCAGUCGUACAGAGGCACAAAGUCCGUCACUAAAAGUGGCUCUCAGUGUCUGCCGUGGGACUCUCCUGCCGUCAAACGGAGAAUGAAUGCCUGGAAUUCCAAUGCUGCAGAGCUGGGGCUGGGCAACCAUAAUUUCUGCAGAAAUCCAGAUGGUGAUGCAGCUCCGUGGUGUCACACCUAUAAAAACAUGGCUCUGACCUGGGAGCUUUGUGACAUCCCAAAAUGCUCAAAACAACCAUCUGUCAUCACUACUCUUGGUCCACGCGCUCCCUCCACUAAUAACAACAACAGAGCAACAUGCGGCCAGCGUUUCGACAACACCUUGAAUCAACCGACGUUCCGCAUGUUCGGAGGCAAGCAGAGCGACAUCACUGAGCAGCCGUGGCAGGCCGCCAUCAACGUUUACCAGCCCCGUUACAGAACGCACUUCCACCGCUGUGGAGGAGUCCUCAUCAACUCCUGCUGGGUCCUGUCUGCAGCGCACUGCUUCGAAAUCAACGACAACGCAGAAAAAUUGGGGGUGGUUUUGGGGAGAACGUUUCGAAAACAGAACUCGAGCAGCGAGCAGAUUUUCAGCGUUGAGAAAUACUGGAUCCACGAGAAGUUUGACAAUGAGACGUUUGACAAUGACAUCGCUAUUUUGAAGCUGAAGACGGACUUUGGCAUAUGUGCAAUAAACUCUGCAGAGGUUCGUCCAGUGUGUCUGCCUGACCGGGGCCUGGUGCUGCCAGACUGGACUGAGUGUGAGAUCUCAGGAUAUGGAAAAGACACAGAAUUUUCUGCAGAGUUCUCUGAGCGUGUAAAAAGAGGAUACGUCCGCCUUUGGCCCAAAGAACGCUGUGUUCCAGAGGUGCUGUCCGGACGCACAGUUACAGCCAACAUGCUGUGUGCAGGUGACACCCGAGGCCUCGAUGACGCCUGCAAGGGAGACUCCGGUGGCCCCUUGGUUUGCCGAAACGACGACAAGAUGACUCUGAUGGGUGUGAUCAGCUGGGGAGAUGGAUGCGGGCAAAAAGAUAAACCAGGGGUCUACACACGGGUCACAAACUACAUCGACUGGAUCAACAGCAAAAUUCAAGCCAGCCCGGUCUAA